UCCGCGGCAGGAGCUCCGGCACGUUGGUUCUGCGGGCCUAAACCCGCCAUAUUAAUAAAGAGAAAGGGGAGUGGGCCCUCCCUCCCCUCCCUGUGCAGUACACGCCCCCUCUUUCCGUCCCGCUCGGCACCGAGCUGGCUGCGCCUGGCCGCCGGCCUCGGUUGUCUAGCGUUUGACAGAGGCUUAGCUGGCAGAGCCUCAGAACUGGCUUAAGGUAGCGCCGAAUGAGGGGCCGGGGGAAAUGCCAACCAAUUGCGCCGCGGCGGGCUGUGCUGCUACCUACAACAAGCACAUUAACAUCAGCUUCCACAGGUUUCCUUUGGAUCCUAAAAGAAGAAAAGAAUGGGUUCGCCUGGUUAGGCGCAAAAAUUUUGUGCCAGGAAAACACACUUUUCUUUGUUCAAAGCACUUUGAAGCCUCUUGUUUUGAUCUAACAGGACAAACUCGACGACUUAAAAUGGAUGCUGUUCCAACCAUUUUUGAUUUUUGUACCCAUAUAAAGUCUAUGAAACUCAAGUCAAGGAAUCUUUUGAAGAAAAACGAGAGUUUUACUCCAACUGGACCGUGUAAUUUAAAGCUGAACAAUAGUCAGCAAGUACUGCUUGAACACAGUUAUGCCUUUAGGAACCCUAUGGAGGCGAAAAAGAGGAUAAUUAAGCUAGAAAAAGAAAUAGCAAGCUUAAGAAGAAAAAUGAAAACUUGCCUGCAAAGAGAACGCAGAGCAACUCGAAGAUGGAUCAAAACCACAUACUUUGUGAAGAGCUUAGAAGCAAGUAACAUGCUACCUAAGGGCAUCUCGGAACACAUUUUACCAGCCACCUUAAGCAGUCUUCCUUUGGAAGACUUAAAAAUUCUUGACCAGGAUCAACAAGAUAAAGCAUUACCAGUUCUCUAAGUCUAAAAUGGAUGAGAAUAUCUGCAUUAAGUUUUCCUUACAGGGAACCUGAUACCCGUCUUUCAUUCUUAUCAUCAUCGAAGAUACUUCUGGCAAUUAUACUAAAAUCAAGGACUUAAGUUUUACCUGAAGUAAUAGUAUCACUACAUAUCUUAUGAAGACUGAGAAAGUGGAGGAUCAAUGACGAGUUUGAGAAUGAGUAAAAGUGCCUUAUAAGGAUUAUAUACUUAGACAUCUUACAAAACAGCAUUCGCAGGGUGUUUCUGGUUUCGUUUUUUGUUUUGUUUUUAAGCUGCUGUCAGAUAGGAAUGACAAAUGAUAUGUUUAUAUAAGAAAAAAACAUUCUGCACCAAAGUUGAAAUAUUACAUUCUAAAGAACAUGUGAAGUGGGAGCUAAAUCAUUAAAUGUGUACUUAAAACUA